CCAGCUCGCCCCUAACUCUGCCUUCAGAUGGCUCCGCCCCGCCCUCCCGCCUGCACGGAAGGCUCACUCUCCCCGACGCUGCCUGCGACCCAGUUCCGCCCUCCCCCAUCAACCGGAGCAGCGGCUUCAGCCCUGCUGGCGCCUCUGCUCACCCGGCUUCCCCUCGCUGGGCCUGUGCAGUGGCCAAAGCCAGCUCCUCUCCAGGCCUGGAUCUGCAGCUUCCUGUCUCCAACUUAACCGCCACAUCAAGGGGAGUUCUGCAAGUGGCAUCUGGAUGAAAAGGCAGCUUCUUGGGCACUCCAGCAGCUGGUGUCUAAUGAAACUUUCAAGUCACUGUGCUGGGCGCUGUGCAGGAGACAGAGGUGCCCAAGAGAUGGGCCCAGCUCUCACAGACCUUUCAGUGAAACAUGGAAAAUAGGCGUCGUGCCCCAAUCACCAAAGGGAGAAACCCACGAGGAAGGCUUCCAAAAGGAGAACUCUGAGCUUUAGUGAAAGGCAUCAGAAAUUAGUAGAUGUCAACUAUUGCAAAAAAUUGCAUGUCGAGGCACUACAAAGGCUACAGAAUCAAAUCAGGGACCAAAUGGUGCAGAAUGAGAAUGAUGACCGGGCUGAGCGCAAAAGGUUCCUCAGAUUAUUACGGAAUGAACAAUUUGAGUUGGAUAUGGAAGAGGCCGUUCAAAAGGCAGAAGAAAACAAAAGAUUGAGGGAGCUCCAGCUUGAACAAGAAGAAAAAUUGGCUAUGGAAUUGGCAAAACUUAAACAUCAAAGUCUAAAGGAUGAAAAGAUGAGGCAACAAGUAAGAGAAAACAGUAUUGAGCUCAGAGAAUUGGAGAAGAAAUUAAGAGCAGCUUACAUGAGUAAAGAAAGAGCAGCUCAGAUUGCUGAAAAGGAUGCCGUUAAAUAUGAGCAAAUGAAACGUGAUGCUGAAAUAGCCAAAACUAUGAUGGAAGAACACGAGAGAUUAAUAAAGGAAGAGAAUGCUGCAGAGGAAAAACGAAACAAAGUAAAAGCACAGUACAAUCGUGACUUAGAGAAACAACUUGAAGAACAAGGAAAGAAGAAGCAGGAAGCUUAUGAGCAACUGCUGAAAGAGAAACUCAUGAUUGAUGAAAUUGUUAGGAAAAUCUAUGAAGAAGAUCAGUUGGAAAGACAACAAAAGUUAGAAAAAGUGAAUACAAUUCGAAGGUAUAUAGAAGAGUUUAAGAAAGAGCAGGCUCUCUGGAGAAAAAAGAAACAUGAGGAAAUGGAAGAAGAAAACAGAAAAAUCAUAGAGUUUGCCAAGAUGCAGCAACAAAGGGAAGAAGAUCGGAUGGCAAAAGUUCAAGAAAGUGAAGAAAAAAGGCUACAGCUUCAGAAUAUGCUGACUCAGAGAUUGGAAGAAAUGCUGCGGCAACGUGAAGAUUUAGAACAAGUGCAACAGGAAUUAUACCAGGAAGAACAAGCAGAAAUACAUAAGAAGAAACUAAAAGAAGAAGCAGAAGAGAAAUUGAGAAAGCAAAAGGAGUUGAAGCAAAAUUUUAUGGAACAAAUGGCCUUGAAGGAACUAGUACUUCAGGCUGCAAAAGAGGAAGAGGAGAUCUUUAGAAAAGCUAUGCUGGCGAAAUUUGCUGAGGAUGAUCGAAUAGAAUUAAUGAAUGCUCAGAAGCAAAGAAUGAAGCAACUAGAACACAAGAGGGCUGUGGAAAAACUUAUUGAAGAGCGUCGCAACCAGUUCCUUGCAGACAAACAACGUGAAUUGGAGGAAUGGCAGUUGCAGCAAAGAAGGCAAGGAUGUAUUAAUGAAAUUAUUGAAGAAGAAAGACUAAAACUUCUCAAAGAACAUGCUACAAAAUUACUAGGAUAUCUCCCUAAAGGAGUAUUCAAAAAAGAGGAUGAUAUUGAUAUGCUUGGUGAAGAGUUUAGAAAAGUAUAUCAGAAAAGGAGUGAAAUUUGUGAAGAGAAGUGACAUCAUCAAAAUUUGGUAAACCUGGAUUCUUUUGUAUGUUACCACUAGAUGUCAGUGUAACUUCUGUUUUACAGUUCAGUGAGGGUAGGAAUCCAUUGUCUUUGGAUUUUCUAAAACAUCUCUAUUUCAUCAUUUAUAAACAAUUAUUU